AUGGCGGUUAUUUUCCCCAUCGAGAGGCAGGCCCAGAGCUCGGUCAUUGCGGUCGGGGUUGUGUUCAGCAUCCUGCCCAUCUUGGCAUGCGUCCUGCGUGCUCUAUCCCGCCGAAUCGCAAACAGGUCUCUGGAUGCAAGUGAUUGGUGUCUCUUCGCAGCAUGUUUCGUCGCCGUUGUAUAUCAGGGCGUUAACCUUGCAGGGGUCUUGGUCGGCGGUGUGGGAUUCCAUUUCUCUGAAAUCAUGGACAUGUACGGAAUGGGCCCGAUCACGAUUUUCCUCAAGCUUCUUAUUGCCAUCCAGCUCCUCUGGGCCCUGAGCCUAAGCCUUUGCAAGAUAUCCAUCUUGAUCUUGUACUGCAGAGUCUUCACUGUCCAGGCUUUUGUGUGGACAGCCCAGGUCACGGGUGCCGUCAUCAUCAUGUGGGCGCUGGCGACCAUCCUGAUGGGCUUCUUCCUCUGCCAACCCUUCGAGUACAACUGGAAUCAGAACAUCAAGGGUCACUGUGGAAACCAGUUGCUCUCCUACCGGAUCACAGGAUCUCUGAACCUCAUCACCGACGUCAUCGUCCUUCUCCUUCCCAUGCCGUAUCUCUAUAGUUUGAACUUGGCCUUCUAUAAGAAGCUGGUUCUGAUCGCCACAUUUGCUGUUGGUCUGUUCACCUGCGUGGUUAGCAUCCUCCGACUCGCCGCCCUCUCCUCCAUUGACUACUCCGACAUCACCUUCAACAUCCCGCACGCGCUCAUUUUCAGCGCCCUCGAGCCCUGCAUCGCGGUCACGCUGGCCUGCAUCCCCGUCCUGCUGCCCCUCCUCGGCAAGGGCGGCCACUCGGCCACGGGCACCGCCCUCGGCGGCGGCUCCGCCAAGCUGAACUCCAAGAACGGCACCUUCGAGCCGCUCGACAACGAUGACUCGUCGCAGUACCAGCUGCGGCCCGUCGGGCCCAGACAUGACGUCGAGGCGAGGGCCGCCGCGAGCAGCGGCAGCGGCAGCGACUCCGAUGACAGGCCCGAGUUCAUGGUCGGGAGCACGGAGAGGAAUAUCGUCGUCAAGCAUGAGUGGAGGGUGGCGUCGGAAGGGAAUGUGUAG